AUGUCAGUGGCAUGGACAGGGAUGGCAGCAACUUUAUUGAUAAAUGGCAAAACUGUACACACAACGUUUAAAUUACCAUUGACGAUAAAUGAACAAACAAUAUGCAAUAUAAAUCCUAAUACAAUUGAUGGCAAAAAAAUUAAAGAAUGUCAAGUAAUAAUUUGGGAUAAAAUAAUCAUGACUUCAAAGCAUGCUUUUGAAGCAGUACAUAGAUUGUUAAGAGAUUUAUGUAUAAGUACAGAAAGUUUUGAUUCAAAUGAAUGUGAUAUUCAAGAAAAAGUAAUAUUAGCACCAAGAAAUAAUGAUGUAUUUGAAUUAAAUGUUGUUAAACGAAUGACAGGUGAACCUAGAGAAUAUUUAAGUAUAGAUACAUCUGAAGAAGAUGAAAAGUGUGACACAAUAACUAACUUAAUACCAAUUGAAGUAUUAAAUACUUUAACUCCAAAUGGACUUCCUCCUCACAAAUUAAUAUUAAAGAUUGCAUGUUGGGUGUUUCACAAUAUUUGCUUAAGCAUUAUUGAUGAGGACAUUGAAGAUUACAUUAGGGCUGGUGCCGAAAUUGAAGACAAUGAACCAGGGGAACCUAUGAAAGUGAAUAAUAAAGCAGAAGCAGAAGGAAUGGCAAAGAGAGAUUAUAUUGCUGUACGCUUAUGA